GGGGGAGUGACCGUCGCUGCACAAACAGUUUAAACUCUGAAGCUCUGCUGGGACUCUAGUGCUUCCCACUAGUAAAGCAGGAUUUGGGGAUACUGGUACCGGUAGCGCUGAGAACACAUGAGCCGCCACUCUUCUCUUAGGAAACGCAACCAACUCCUGACGUCACGGAGGCCCAGCAUGAAUGUUAACUGUGCUGGUGGGACAGACUGGUCAAGAAAUCCAGAGUCCAGUUGCUCUGUGGAAAACAGAAGUGUAGCAGUCCAUGAGUCAGAAGAAAGUAAUGUGGUGCUAGGAGGUCACAGCCCUGCUGCAGUUCCCAGGACUGAGGCUUUAGAUUCUGAAUGCCGACACGCCGCUUGUCCAGUAACUCCCCAGAUCACUAGCAUGUUGUCUGCUCCUGAAGACACACACAACUGUCAUUUCCAAGAUGGAAGUAAGAGACAGUCAGAGUAUUUUAAUACCCAGGAACGCCAUGGAUGCUGCGCUCUGUCUUCAAGCAUCAAUUCACAAACAGUGGCUCCAGAGAAAGUGACGCUUGUGGUAGAUGGCACUCGCUUUGCAGUGAAUCCACAGAUUUUCACAGCUCAUCCUGAUACUAUGCUGGGAAGAAUGUUUGGACCAGGAAGAGAAUAUAAUUUCACCAGGCCAAAUGAAAAGGGAGAAUACGAAAUUGCGGAAGGAAUUAGCUCGGCUGUGUUCCGGACUGUGCUGGAUUAUUACAAAACCGGAAUCAUUAACUGCCCUGAUGGGAUUUCCAUCCCAGACCUUCGAGACACAUGUGAUUACCUCUGCAUAAACUUUGAUUUCAACACAAUCAAAUGUCAAGAUUUAAGCGCUCUGUUACAUGAGCUCUCCAAUGACGGUGCUCACAAGCAGUUUGACAGCUACCUGGAGGAGCUGAUUCUGCCUAUAAUGGUGGAUAGCGCAAGGAAAGGGGAACGUGAAUGCCAUAUCGUCGUGCUGACGGAUGAAGACACUGUGGACUGGGAUGAAGAUCAUCCACCUCCGAUGGGAGAGGAGUACUCGCAAAUCCUUUACAGUUCCAAGCUGUACAGAUUCUUCAAGUACAUUGAGAACCGCGAUGUUGCAAAAGCUGUAUUAAAGGAGCGGGGCCUGAAAAAUAUUCGCAUUGGCAUUGAAGGAUAUCCCACCUGUAAAGAGAAGGUGAAGAGGAGGCCCGGUGGCCGGUCAGAAGUGAUAUACAACUAUGUUCAACGGCCGUUCAUCCAGAUGUCAUGGGAAAAGGAAGAAGGCAAAAGCCGUCACGUUGAUUUCCAGUGUGUUCGGAGCAAAUCUCUAACAAACCUAGUCACUGUGGGUGAUGACGUUUCAGAGGACCAUGAGGUUGUAAUGCAUCACCCCCCACAAGUAGAUGAACUCGACAGGCUAAACGCGCCCUUCUCCCAGAUGGCUGUUAACGAUCUACCAGAUUAGUCGUGGCUCAGGGUGGAAAGUCCUGCUUGAUGUGGGAACGUCUCAGCAUAGUUUCAUCCCAGGCGAUGGAACACAGACUCCUACGAGGUGCUUUAUCCUCGUUCGUGCUCUUACUACGUUGUCAUAUUUCAAGCAUGUUAAUAAAGAGCCACACUCCGUAGUCUAAUUGUGCAAUCAAAAGCAACGUCUCCUCAAACAAAAAGAAAUUAUGCUGUUUGUUUCUACUACAAAGGCUUUCAGACUGGUGGGUGCUGAAUAUUUUACCUAAACUUCUAAAAAGAGAAGCAGCAGUAUUUAGAAACGUCUUGUUUGACGUGAGAGAGGCAAUUCUGGGCCUGUCAAGACAAAGCUUUCCUUUACCAUUAGGCACUUAGCUUUGCUUUUGUGAUAAUCAGUUACAAAGGACGCAACAUCAAAGCAGGACAGAUGAUGCUCUUUCAUCAACCAGCAGAAAUGUAGCACAGUUGUGACAGCAAAAUCCUGAGUGUGGAGGAAUCUGUUUACACUGCCACCUGGCUUUGCAUCCAGCAUCUUGUACUGCUGUUCUAGGGAAGGACGAACUAGUUCAAGUAGGAAGCAUAUGCCUGUUUGCAGGAAUUUCCCAUGUAUACUUCUCCAUAAGUUGGAAUCACUGUUUUUAGGGAUGUUGUCUGUUAAGUUCAGUAAAGCGAGUAGAUCGCGCUGAAGGAAAAAGCAAAUAAGAAGAGGUUGUAGUUGAUAUUUUACCAACAAAGUAAAUCUGUUUAGUAGCCUAAUAGAUGUAAGAAGCUUUCUAGAGGUGACUGUGCAUGCUAAAGACUUUCAGUUGUCUCCAUCCCCCUGCUAAGGCAAAAAAAAGCCAGUGGAGGAGCUCCCAGUACAGCCAGUUUACUACCUGAGUAAAAUCCUUGAUCCUCAUCAACCUUAGCCAGCCAAAAUUCCUGUAGACUCUCCAAGGAGCACUCCGCUGUUGCAGCGUUAAAAGGCCAGCUACUUUCUUCCCAGUUUGGAGCUGACUUGGACCGUUUUGCUGUCAGGCAGGUAAGAAAUAUCAAUAGCAAACAAAGCGUUCAGUAGCGAAAAAUACACAUACCUGGGAACUACUCUCCUUUGCUGCUCUGAAUAUAUUAUCCUAGUCUGUGGUUAAGGCUCUGUUCAGUUUGGAUUCGGGGCCAACAAAGCUGUGACUGUAAGUAUAGACUUACAGUUUAGCUCGGUUACUUAUAUUAGAGCCUUGCUGGUCCCGUUCCUGCAGCAUGGAGUUACCCGUAGGCUUCCUUAACCCCCUGAACAGCUCACGCUCCUGAUGGCUGUGUAGAGAUAUUACGUACCCAAAGCAGAGUACUUAAACGUGGUGCUGGUGCAAAGAAAAGCUGAAUCCCAUUCAAAAAGAAACAGGGGGAGAGAGCUCCUUUGCAAAGUUAAGUUCAGGUCAGUUCUUCUCUUGCAAUUGCCUGCUGUUGAAACCUGUAACACUUAGGCAUUGAGUUACCUGGUUAUCCUUGGCAAAAUAGAGGUAGGUAUCAGUCUGCUCCUAAAAAGUUUAAUCCUUUGUUGUCAGGGUUGCAUCAUCAAACCAAUUAUUAUUCUCCAUCUGUCUGCAAAGUACGUGGUAGACUUAGCACGGAAGAUUGCUGUUACUGUUUUGCUGCUAAUGAGGCGGGUUUUCUUCCUCAGUGUAAGGAACGUGACAACAUCAAUCACAAAUUUUCCUGGAGGUUUAUGGGUGUCGUUUUAGUGAAGAGUAACAAAAUCUCUGCCAAGGCAUAUACUUGCUGAUAUAUUUAGUUCCCAUUUGUAUGGAUGCAGGUUCCAUUAUUUGCAGCGUUUCUGUUCUUAGCUUCUUUCCUAAGUGCAGCAAAUAGAUUUCUUCUUUUAUAAGUGCCUAUGGGAAGAUUUCCAAAAGUGCUCCAGGACUUCCGGAGAGUUUGGGUGCCCAAGUCCACCUGAUUACUUUUGAAAAUUCCUCCCUGCGUGUCAUUGGAUCGGUUUAGAGAAGUGUCCUUCAGUGUCUGCACAGAGGUGGUGUGCAAUCACUUUCCAUUAUUGCUCUAGAUGAAUUUCUAUUUUUGUAGUAGAGAAAGGAAGACACAUGGACCAUUAACCUUCCAGCCGAGGGCCAGACCAAACCCAUCACCUGCCUUGGUAACGAGCCAUUCCCACAAGUCAAGCAAAGGCACUGGUGAGACUGUCCCCCAGCAGUGAUGGAACUUGCCCCACAGCCCUAUGGAUUUUUGUGUGUGUGUGUGUAUUUAUUUUUACAGCACUGUAAGUUUUAAGUAAAUGUGUAUGGGUAUCGACCAGCUGACUUGGAAUCGGAGUAUACACAUGUUCGGCUCUAAGGACUAGAACGUGCAUGUUGUUGAGCACUGCCCUGCAGGACUGCGUCAAGGCAUCAGAUGCCGAACAUCUGACAUGAUCAUCGAAUCGCAGAAUGGUUCGGGUUGGAAGGGACCUCAAAGAUCAUCUAGUUCCAGCCCCCCUGGCCUGGGCAGGGACACCUCCCACUAGACCAGGUUGCUCAAAGUCCCGUCCAGCCUGGAUUGAUGCCACCUUACAGGACCUGACAGCUAAGUACCACCUUCAGCCAAAACAAAUCCCACCGGAGCCCGUCCCUGAGCCCAGUGUUAGCGGGGCCUCUUGAAGGAUUUAGCCAGUUUAUUAGAAAUGGUGACCCCAGGCACUUCACUGCAGCCAGCCAUUGCCUGAGGGUUACAGACUGUCAAUGCCUUGGAGGAGCUUGUUGGUGCUCUGUGUAAUCAGUUGGACCUUCAGCGUGGGCUGGAGGUAUCUGGCUUCCGUGAUUUCCACACAGUUUUUAUUAGUCCAAAAAGCCAUUGUAGUUUGUUGGCUUUCCCAAGUAAUUAAAGAUGAAUUCUAGAUUAUUUUCUUGGUAGUGUGAGUUCCCUUAGAACACUAAAUGAAAUUGAAAAAGUAUGUGUUUGCUUUUCCUCCUUCUCUCAUUGUCACCUACUGUUCAGGUACGAGAUCCAGUUUUGUCUUAUUCUAGAAAUACUGGAGUGUUCCCUGUGGUGUGUACGAACUACAGAUGUAUGGUUUCUUUUCUGUAUUAAAGUAUAAGUUAUACGUGGCUUGUUUGGCUCUUUUAAAAAUUGUUUUAAUUGUGGACUAGAGGAAUGGGCAGGGGAUGGAUGGCUCAAAGGCUGUGUCCUUGCUUCAUAAAGUGACCCCGAAGUCUUAGAAGUAGUUUUGCAUCAGACAGAGCCUGGUUGAUUUGGAGCAGCCGCGCAGAAGCGUCACAACCCCUUGUGCUGGGAGGACCUCGAUGUUCAGCAGCUGAGCGCAGUGAUGUUCUAAAAGCAGCACAUAACCCAGGUAUGAGACAACACGACUUGACCCACAAGCUGUGUGGCACCUCUAACAGGCCCUUCUGCUAUUUUUGGUUAGAUACUGUGAAAGAUGCUCUCCACUUCUACCUACUUCGGUCUUUGGAAGAAAACAUUUCCAUCUGCAGUGUUGGAUGUAUUUCAAAGGUUUUCUUGAUGAAUCUUGAGAAAAGCGUUAAGAGUUUGAACAAAGCUGGAAUUUAGUGGAAUUACUGAAGUGCUAAAAGGAGCCUGUACUCACAAGUGGAGCUGUCACAAUGUGAAGCAAUUAAAUAAGAACUGCAAGUUGAUUUUGGCGUGUAACAGACUGGUAGGAAAAAAAGGAAGGGUCAUGGCUUUGCUUCCAAUGCCACUUGCUCACUGCUUAUUAUCCCUUUUAAAAAUAGAAAGAGGAAAAGAUUAAAAACAACUUGCCCUGAAGU